UAUAUAUACUCCCACUUAGUGGAUCUUAAGUAUCGUAACCUUUAGAGAAUACAACAACUAUUACAUCCAUCUUCUUCUGACACCUCCAAUAUUUUCUUUUCUUCAUCCAUCUAUCUCAAUGCCGUCCGUUAAGAACCCCAAUGGCCCCUCGAAGAACCGGCUUAUCGCCCGCGCUGCUAAAGCCAGGAAGCAGAACCAGAAGCGCUUGAGGGUGGCGAUGCUUAACAAACAAGGACGCAUUUCUAAAGCAGAUGCCCAGCGGGGUGCUCGCCCUGGGUUAUUGCCUAAUAGUGGUGUAAACCGUUCUAUUAGUAAUAAGAAGCGGCGCAAGCUCGAGCGCAAGAUAAACUACGCCCUAAAGCGGAAGAUGGAGGGAGAGGGAGAGUUUGAGAUGAAAGACGUUUCCGCGGAAGAGACUGCCGAAGCUGCCAAGGAAGAAAUGGCCGUCGAUACCGACAACAUCUCAUGAGCAUAUACGCCGGCGCGUCACGCCCGAGUCGAGGUUCAGCGUCUUCGGCUCAGCCAAUAUCAUGCCAUAUGCGUACCGCAUAGGAGUUAUCAAGUCCCAAAUCUCGACAUUCGGCGUUUUGGUAUACCUGGAGAGGUUAUAAUUGCUUGACCUGAUGGACCAUUUGGACCGACAAAGCACACAGCCUGAGGCAAGAGAUCUGGGGUCGAUAGGGAAAACCGAGAUAUUAUUAGGCAAUUGACUAGCCACAUAAGGGUGCAGGGCGGCAAGGCGGGAAUGGUCAAACUGGAUCGUCGGGUUUUAGGUUAGGCAGAUGAAAGAAUGACGACGGAGAUAUUGAUCCAGGUCUAUACUGACAGCUGGAUCAACCUGUUACAAUUACUACGCUGAAAGCCGAGUUUCAGCUUCAAUAGCAGCAAUAGCAACGCCAAAAGCAAAUAAUGCAAAAUCAUAGCCUAAAAGAUUACAAGU